GGUUACUAAUAGUUGUUGAUGUUUCCAUUUGUUGAUUUGUUUUUCUCGGUCUUUCAUUUGAUUAUUUUAAAUUGUUACGAUUGUCAAUUGUUUUCCAAUUCUUAAUCAUGUCAACAAUUAUCCCCAAAGUGACUAAAUUGUCAGAAAGAGUGAUUCGUAUUCUCGGUUGUAAUCCCGGUCCAUUUACCCUUCAAGGAACCAACACUUACCUAAUUGGAACUGGAAAGGAAAGGAUUUUAAUUGAUACUGGUGAGAAAGAUAAUCAAGAAUAUACUAAAUUGUUGAAAACUGUUCUCACCAGUAAUCAAAUUAAAUUGUCAAAUAUAAUAAUCACCCAUUGGCAUGAUGAUCAUAUCGGUGGUUUAUUGGAUGUUCUUGAUUUAAUUGAAUCACCGGCAAGUUGUAAAGUUUACAAAUUUAAACAGAAUGAGAGAGAUCCAUCCGAUGAGAAAAUCUCAUUUGAAUAUCUAAAAGAUGAACAGAAGAUUAAAGUUGAUGGAUCGACAACUUUAAGUGUUUAUUAUACCCCUGGACACACCGAUGACCAUGCGGUGUUAUUAUUAGAUGAGGAUCGAACCAUUUUCAGUGGUGAUUGUAUUCUGGGCGAGGGAAGUGCAAUUUUUGAAGAUUUAAGAGAUUACAUGAAAUCUCUUGAGAAAAUAUCUUCUCUUGAAGCUGAGAUUAUUUUCCCUGGUCAUGGUCCUGUGGUCAACAAGCCUAAUGAAAAAAUUUCCGAAUACAUUAAACACCGAUUAACUCGUGAGAAUCAAAUUAUUGAUUGUAUUAAAUCCAGUUCAUCUAAUUGUGGAAUUACCAUUUCACAAAUUGUCUCCAUCAUCUAUAAAGAUACUCCUGAAAAUUUACUACUUGCAGCAGCUAAUAAUGUCUCACAUCAUUUAGAUAAAUUGUUGAAGGAUAAAGUAAUCAAAUCAUCUGAUCAAAUCCACUACGAGCUGAUUUAAUUGGAUUUAAUCAAUUUCUCUCUCCAUAUUUUUUUUGUGGUUCUUCAUUUAAUCACAAUUAAAUGGUAAAGGAAAUUCAAUCAAAUUAAAUUGAAUGGACAUUUUAAUUUGUCGAUAUUUACAAAAGUGAAACUCAAGAUUUUAUAACGAUGAUAAUGUAACAUAACAUAUAAUACAUAUGAACUUUUCUAUUAGACAAUUGAUUUGAUUGUAACAAUCAAUUUCAGUCUUUGUUGAUUGAUAAUUAAAUCGUGUAAAGUGUUGGCCUACGGACUGAGACGAUACUUGCACGAGGGGCGAUCGGUGAACGGACUGUGGCAUGUUUAAGAUCACAACAACAUUCACAACACAAACAAUUCCAGAAGCAACAAGUGACCAUCCAAAGGACAAUUAAGAUGAUUGAAACUCCAAUAAUUAAGAAAAUUGUUAAACUAUAAUACAUUUUAACUCUUGGACUCUUUUACUAUGGACAUGCCAGUGGACAGUUAACAAUCACAAUUAAAUUAAUUGGUGAUUGAACUAAGAACAAGAUUGAGAAAAGUUAAUUGUUAAACUUGUUGAUUGAUUGAGUUUGUCAUCAAUGUUUCCAAAGGGAAUGAAAAACUAACCAGUGAUUAGUAAAUUGUCAAGUUAAUGAUGAUAGAAAAUGACAAAGCAAAAAGUUUAAUUGUCAUUGAUGGUUAUUAAACCUUGGGAAUAGACCAAACAAUUAAGUGUAACUGUAUUAAUUGUGACAAUGAGAAAGCAAGUCAAGUCAUUGGAUAAUUUAAUUUCCUCAACCAUUAACUAAUUUUAACUCAAGUCAAGUGAAUUAAUUAAUACAAUAGAAAAAAAAAUCUUUUCCAAAGUUAAUAUUUAUAUCGAUUACGAUGAUAACUGUUAAUUGUUGGAAGUUGAUUUAAUUCUGGAAUACUUUCUAAUCGUUUAGAUGCUCUUCUUUGAAACUCUCGAACGACCACUUUCUCGGUUCGUUUUUCACUGGCCUGAAAUCGAACCCAACUGGACACUUUGUACCAAGAAGAUCGAUAAAUUUUGGGAACAUGUUCGAUAAUUGAAAAGCCGAACCAAGUUCCGGAAAUACUUCCAAUGGCAAUGAUAACAUCGAUCAACACCAAUCGAGGUUCAACAAUCACUUUAAUAUUUGGUUCUUUAAUGGUACCAAAAGAGAUGACGGACUUAUUGCCGCUCGUUGGUAUCGGAUUUCUGGGACGAAUAAAGAAAAUUUUCUCAUAACAAUCCGGCCUUUCAGUUAACUGGAAACAAUGAUCAACUAUAAAGUUCAAUUGUUGACGGAAAGUACGAUUGUCAACAUUGUCCGUGUACUUGACCAGACCCAAUGGUACAUUAAGGUCAACAUCAAUCAUGGACGCAUGGAAAGGUACACCAAAGUACUCGAUGGAUUUGUUGUUAAAACAAACGUCCUUCAUGUCAAUCGCUCGUCGAUAUCCAAGUGGAAUAUAAUCAAUACAAUUGGACUGAUACGGAGACGGAAGUAGUUUCCGUUCAAAAGUAAAAUAAUGCAUUCGAUAUACUAAAGGUUCAUUAUAAACUAUGGACAUUGUAUCCCAACGAAGUGAAUUGCCUCGAGGCUUAUAUGAAGGUGGAACCAAAGUGAUGAAAAAGUUUGGAGCAAAAUUAAAUAUCGAUUGGUUCAUAUUGAUGGUCAGUAUAUUGGGACUUAUAAAAGCUUUGGCACUUUCCUCAUUCGAUAAAGUGACAGGACCUUUCAAUGAACAAUGGAAAAUGUAACAUAUUCGUAGAGAUCGAAGGACUUUAUCAAUUUUACAAAAAUCUUUCGACUGAUUAACCGUUAAAUUUGUAAUAGAAAGUGAAGUAACUAAUUCGGAAUUGGUGUACAUUAAACUGACCAAUUGACUGAUGGUCAAUGAUCGGGCAAGGAUCAUCAUUAAUUGAUUUUUGUCCCAUAUUGAAAAAAGA